AUGUAUAAUAGCCUUGUAACGUCUAAGGGGUUUUACAAUCAUAGAUUCUGUUCCAAUAAUCAGAAGUAGAAACCUAUUAAAGUCGAUUUUUCAUUUGAAGAGUCCAAACCAAUAAGUCCAAGUCCAUUGAUUCGAAAUAUUCAGCAUAGGCAAAUAUGGCCUUCUGCAAAUUAGCCUAAAAUCAAACUCAACAAUUUCAAUGAAAAAGGGAAAUAGUUCUAUAUGGAAACUCCUAAAAUGAAUGAUGUAUAAAGAAGUCAUUCAGCACAUGGUUGUCGUCCAAAUUCUAGUGAAUUUAGAGCCACAUAUAGCAGAUGGGUUUGUUCGCCUUUGUAAUAGGCUUCGAAUACUGUGGAACCUAUGAAAGGAUUUUAUACAUUAAAAUAUAUGGGAGAACACAAUUAAUAGAUAGGAGUGCUAAGCAAGAAAUUAAGUAUGAUAGCAAGUUCAAAGAAGGACAACAAAAGGAGGAGGAGCUACACUCCUUCUAUUGUAAUUAAUAAUUAAUAUAUUGUUAAUAAAUACCUAAUAUCUCGGAAAUUAGGGGAACAUAAUUGA